UUUCCCCACGCACUCAGAUCCUCUUUGAAUUGGUUCUAGCAAGCCCCUCUGCACUUCACCAUGUCUUUCACCGUGACCGUUGUCUUCCCCAACGAUGCCGACGCCGAGUACAACAUCGACUACUACACCCAGACCCACAUGACUCUGAUUGAAAAGCACUGGUCUAAGUACGGUCUGAAGGGCUGGUCAGUCACCAAAUACGUUCCUGGGUUGGACGGCACACCCCCACUCUACGCGUUCGGCAGUGAAGUCUUCUGGGAGAACGAAGAUGGCGCGAAAGCUGCUUUUGCCAGCCCCGAGGUUGCGGAGAUCAUGGGAGAUGUCCCUCACUUCAGCAAUAAGACUCCUAUUUUCUUGCUUGGUCAGACGGUUAAGCCGGCGUUUGAGUUUUGAUUGCUAAACCGUUGAUAUGGGAUGGAAGGGAG